AUGGAGGCCCACCUCAGGCAGCUCAGCCUGGGCAGGGGGCCCGAGGGGGUUGGGGACAGACAGGCCCUGGCUGAGCUGCAGGAACUGGCCCUGAGCUGGUUCAUGGAGACGCAAGCCCCCCUCAUUCUGCAGAAUGGAGCCCUGCCCCCCUGGUUCCACGGAUUCAUCACCCGCAAGCAGACAGAGCAGCUGCUGAGGGACAAAGCUCUUGGCUCCUUCCUCAUCCGCCUCAGUGACCGGGCCACCGGCUACAUCUUGUCCUACAGGGGCAGUGACCGCUGCCGGCAUUUUGUCAUCAACCAGCUCCGAAACCGGCGCUACCUCAUCUCAGGGGACACCCAGAGCCACGGCACUCUGGCAGAACUCGUGCGCCAUUACCAGGAGGUGCAGUUUGAGCCCUUCGGGGAGUCCCUGUCUGCUGCCUGCCCCCGGAUGGAGGACAAUGAUCUCUAUGACGCCAUCACCCUGGGCCUGCACCAAACUAAUCCUAGCCUGGAAUACCCGCCAGAGAAGGCCAGCAGCCCCCCUGCCUCUCUGGAGGCAAGUCCCCAGAAUCUCUCCGAGGAAGAAAGCAAGGAGGCCCCUGUCAAGGUGCCCCCUCUCCCGAAGAGGAGAGCAUCCCUUCUAAGCAACUCUUUUGGAGGCUCCACUGAUACCGUCUACGCAGACCUGAGGAAGAUGAACCAGGCACGGCUAGGCCUGGACACAGACGUACCCGGCUGGCAGGGGCCGGUUCCAAGUGGCAGCCAGGCCUGCUCUCCAGGCAAGGAGGCCCCAAGGAGACUGUCAGACGGAAGCCAGAACAAGCCCGAUGGCCCAGGACCUGCCCUCUCUGGGGUGAGCCCAGGCCAGGGUCCUAGUGUGUCUCCCACUUCUUGGGGCCUCCUCCUGCCCUCCAGUUCUGAGGCCUCGGGAUCCUCAGGUGCUACCUGGAGCCACGGGUCUCCAAAUCUGAGCCGUGGGGCCCAGCCCUGCUCCGAGAGCAGUUGUGCAGACACUUAUGAGUCCAUCUGGACAGAAGACCUCCCAGAGGACGCCAGGGAUGUGCCAUGUCAAGGUGGCAGUGCCUAUGAGCAGAUCGCAGUCUGCUGGGGGGGCCCGGCCAGGACCCCCUAUCCUGGGAUGAGCCCUACAUACAGCAAGCUUUCAGGGUUCACGGACUGUGGUUAUGAGAGGAUCUCGGGGGUCCCGGAGCUCCCAGAGCCCAGACACACCUAUGAACAAAUCCCAGGAGCAAGCAGCCAGGAGCAAGGAGGCUGGACAGACACACAAAUCCAAGCAGCCAGGAGCAAGGAGGCCGGACGGACACACAAGCCUGACAAGCUCCGGAGGCUCUUCUUCAUAGACAAGAAGCACAAACCCUGA